ACGACGAGAAAGCCAAGAGUGAUGCUCGUCAUGAAUUUUCAAUGGAUUGUUGACAACCUUUGAUAGGGCGUUAUAAGGACAUCUCACCUAAUUGUGGAAUACUCUGCUGCAGGCGAUUCAUCAAAAUCCUGUCUGUGCUGAGCUACUCUCCAACCCUACUCACUUUUGGUAGCAUAUGGCUGCAAGUUCACACACAACCUCAUCUCCUGCACCGCCUUCGCGAAGUAGCCCUCGAUUUCAACAAGCAAGUGAAAAACAGUCUUCGGAUAAUGAUGAUGAUCAAGAGGCAGAGAAGCAGAGGAGACCAUUACGUACAAAGGCUCCCAUAGCAACGAGAACACGUCAUGCUUUAAACCAUACUGCUCCAAGUUCACAUCAAACCGAUGAAAACAGAAAGACGCACUCGCGAAAGCCGAGUGAUAUUGUUACUGAUGGCGAGGCAGGAACCACGAGAAGAACCGAUGAAGACGAAGACAUGGCCAAGAUAUUGGCUUCGCUUCCUGCAAAGAAAAGGGCGAAAUUAGCGGCAACAAGAGCCCAGAUUAAGAAGGAAGGUCUGAAAGACACUAAAAAGAAUGGUGCUGGUUCACCACAUUCCAGUUCGGAUGAUAAAACGAGUAAUGACAAUUGUGAAACUUGCGGAGGAGUUGGAGAAUUCAUAUGCUGCGAAGGUUGUCCCAAAGUCUUCCAUUUCGUAUGUGUUGAGCCACCAAUGGAUAGCAAGGAUGUUGCUAAUAUCAAAGGAAAAUGGUUCUGUACUGAGUGUCGAGCUAAGCGACAUCCCCCUCGGAUCAACCACAGAAGCUUGUUUGGAACCCUCCUAUAUAAACUUGAAGCGACGAAUCCAGUUCUCUUUGGACUUCCAAAAGAUAUCAAAAAUCUAUUUCAAGGAGUAUCGUCCAAUGAAUUUGGCGAAUAUGUUGACUCUGGGAGCUUCAAGCCUGUGAGAAAAGGAAAAAAUGGCAUGAUCGAAGAACCUGAUUAUUUUCGGUUACGUGACAAGAAUGGUCAAAUCAUCCUAUGCUAUCGGUGUCGGAAAUCAGCACUUAGAGAAAAACCAAUUAUCGCAUGCGAUCAUUGUAGUCUUUAUUGGCAUCUGGAUUGUUUGGAUCCUCCUCUUGCGUCUGCACCUAACGUGAAUCGAAAGUGGAUGUGCCCGAACCACGUAGAGAUGGCCAUGCAGGUUCGAAAACGACAACGACGGCAUCCUGUCAUUAUUGAGCCUGACAAUCCAUUGGAAACUAAAAACAAUGGAGAUAUACAAAUUAUUGAUGACGAAUCCGAUGCAAAGUGGGCAGCGGAUCAAAUGUUCAAGUAUGCUGGCGUGGUAUACCGAUUGCCCGAAUCUGCAGUUAAACUUCACUUCGUCGAUCACAUAAAAGCUUUACGACAAAGCUCGGAAGCUUGGUCUACGAAAUCCUCAUCACGGUCAUCUCAACAUAGCCCUAGACAAGACACACGUUCACCCGUAUCAUCGUCAUCGCCCAUGUCCCCGUCAACUCAGGCAUCCUUACUUGCAUCGACAACUGCGGAUCGAGGUGUUCAUAACCUUAAAGUGGCCGGCACUGCACGUCCAAGUGCGCAAGAGUCGAGAGAGGUAAACAUACUGAUGAUUGAGACUGUAGCCUUGACGUAUGGGUACUGACUAUUACUGAUUUAUCCUCGCAGUGGCUGGAAGGACUAGCUGCUCUUCAAUCUGACAUCGUUAGUUAUUUGAAAGACGACUUGAAGGAUGAUAAUGAAUUGGACCACCGUGGUCUAAGGAUGCUGAUACGAGCGGCGUUG